CACAUGUCUACACACUUCGGAAUAUAGAUUUUGGUGCGGCGUCUGGCCUGAGUUUGGAAAACAUUAGGGAAGGACUGCCUUCAAACUAUUAUGGACACAAUCUGUUAACAUAUGUACACAUUUCCAUGUGACACGGUAGAGAAGUGCAUAGAGUAUUUAUAAGAACCGGCUUUUAUAACGCUAUCAGCGGACUCGAGCAAGUAUGGAAAUCGAUGAGAAUUCAUUGUUUGCGGAGAUUCACCCCCAUCAUCAUGAAGUAGGAAUAGCCAAACGACUGAAACUUUUUUGAUCAGUGCUCGGAGUGUUUUUAUUCUUUAUAUUUUAAAUUAAUACAUUUAAAUAAAUACAAAUAAAAAUCGGUGUGUUUUUAAUCAAAGAGGAAAAAAUAUCAAGCUAGAACCUGUGAGAAAAGAAGCUGUCCCAUGUAACGUUAUCGUUUAAGUUUGUUUUUAGCUAGUUUUAGAGAUUUUUUGUAGUCCUAGUUUUUGUACAGAUAAUAAAUCAUCAAUUGGAUGUAUAGAAGGCGCACGAUAUAACUUUUGAAGCCAUGUCUGAGAGAAAAUUGUAAGCGGUUUUAACACGUUUUACGAAGUUAUCUAGGCUACUCCACCAAAGAUGAGGUCUUCUUUGGCUCCCGGCAUUAGACUUAUCACGUCCUUCUCAAGAGAGAGCUGGUACCGAGGUUUCACCCUCUUCCUCACCUUCCUCUUCUAUACCAGCUACCAUCUCUCCCGGAAACCCAUCAGCAUCGUCAAGAGUCAGCUGCACAGAAAUUGUUCCAGCCUCAUUCGGCCGCCAAACCUCAAUGGAACUGACAAUGAAACCUGGUGUGACUGGGCACCCUUUGACCAGGAGAACUACCAGACACUGUUUGGAGCCGUCGACAACUCCUUCCUGGUUGCUUAUGCCAUUGGCAUGUUUUUCAGUGGGAUAUUUGGAGAGCGCGUGCCCCUGCGCUACUACCUGACCAUUGGGAUGCUUCUCAGUGGUCUCUUCACGUGUCUGUUUGGCCUCGGCUUCUACUGGAACAUCCACUCGAUAUGGUACUACGCCUUUGUCCAGGCAAUGAAUGGACUGGUGCAGACGACGGGCUGGCCUGCAGUGGUGGCCUGCGUUGGGAACUGGUUCGGAAAGGGGAAACGAGGGUUCAUCAUGGGUGUCUGGAACUCCCACACCUCGGUAGGCAACAUCCUGGGCUCGCUCAUCGCUGGCGUCUUUGUAUCCUCGGCCUGGGGCAUGUCCUUCAUCGUGCCUGGCAUCAUCAUCGCCUCCACGGGCGUUCUCUGCUUCUUCUUCCUGGUGGAGAAACCAGAAGAUGUCGGCUGCAGCCCUCCGCAGCACCAUAACUCAUCCAGUAAUGAGGAGAUCUUCAGCAGUCCUGGUCAGUCCAACUCUAUCUCCUCUGAGCCGGCAGAGGAGCACACCAAGGCCAUCAGCUUCUGUGGGGCCCUCAGGAUACCUGGCGUGAUGGAGUUCUCCCUCUGUCUGCUGUUCGCUAAGCUGGUUAGCUACACCUUCCUCUACUGGCUUCCUCUCUACAUUGCUAAUGUUGCCCAUUUUGACCCCAAGGAAGCUGGGGACAUGUCAACACUAUUUGAUGUAGGAGGAAUUGUUGGGGGCAUCGUGGCUGGACUGGUGUCGGACCAAACUGGGGGCAGAGCCUCUACUUGCUGUGUCAUGUUAAUCCUGGCUGCCCCUAUGUUGUUCCUGUACAACCACUUUGGACAGCAUAGCCUAGCAACCACAAUCGGGAUGCUGUUGGUGUGCGGAGCCCUGGUGAACGGCCCCUACGCCCUCAUCACCACCGCCGUGUCUGCUGACCUGGGGACGCAUGAGAGCCUGAAAGGAAACUCUAGAGCCUUGUCAACGGUCACUGCCAUUAUUGACGGCACGGGGUCAAUAGGUGCCGCCCUAGGUCCUCUGUUAGCAGGGCUGAUCUCUCCGACGGGAUGGAACAAUGUCUUCUUCAUGCUGAUCACUGCCGAUAUCCUCGCCUGUUUGCUGCUGUCCAGGCUGGUGUAUAAGGAGGUGAGGGGCUGGUGUGGACACAGCCCCAGACAAAGAGGGUUCAAAGAAAUCUGAGUGGCCGUCUGGGACAAGAGACCGUAUCACACCUGCGAGGAAGGACGCAG